AAAACGAAUUAGUGAAAAAACAAAUGGCGGACAAUCUAUUAACAUUAGUAAAUAAUAUAAAAUGAAUUGAAAAUUAUAACAAGAUAAUUACGGCUAAUAAACAGACGUCCCCAUCUUACCGCAUGGCCCCAUCUUGCACUACCUUCCCCUAUAAUUUAGAAUUAAAAUUUUUAAUAAUAACAAUACAAUUGUUUACGACAAUCUUUCUUUCUGAUUAUUACAUCGUGGAGAUGCAGAUGAAUUAAGUAUGAUCAUUUGAGGAAAUGAUCCCCGAUAUCCAUCGUCAAUAUUUAAGUUUCAAUUGAUGGCUUCUUUAGAACGAUAUAAUUCACAUUCAGAAAAUGAGGUUUCCAUAGAUCCCGAAGAAAAUUCUUUGAUGAAACGAUAUUUAAAGAGAAAGCAGAAACUUCAAAAAUCUUGUGCAAAUGCCAAAAUAAGAAACAAAUAUAUUCCUCCGAAAAAGUUGAUAAGUCAUCAAAAAGUCGCUUUAAAUUUAUUAAAAUGUUGCAUAAACACUCGUCAAACUUUUCUAUUUAAACAUUUCACCAACGAAAUUAUUGAAGAUCGAGAGAUAAGUGCAAAAAAGAUCCAACAUUGGUUUAAAAAAUGCAGAAUUUCUGUAAAAAUCAAUAAUUUUCUUACUAAAAUUCGAACAGUUAUUAAGAUACAGCAAUGGCACAGAAGAAAUCAAAUAUGCUCAUUCUUUAUUGAUGAAAUACAAAUGAAUCGAUUUAUAUUAGAAAAGAAGAAGAAAUUUUGGUUUUUUAGCAUCAAACUGAAAACAGCAAUAUUGGAAAAAUCAAUAUCAAAGACUCCACUUAGUGGAAAUGGAUUGAAAAGAUCGGAUGAAAGAUCAUCACAAAUAUUGGAUAUUAAAAAAGAAAAUUCAAAAUUCAACAUGUUUUUUCAAGUCAAAAGAAAACAUAAAUCCGAAUCUUCUUUAAAUUUCAAAUCCAAUGUGAAUAACUGUAAUGGAAUUUUGAGAACAUUUUAUGAAAAAAUGAGAAGUAAAAAUUUCGAAACGCCUUUGCAUCAAAGUAACAAAGAAUCAAAGGAAAUAUUAAGCAUUAUGGAAUGUAUUAAGAAAUUAAUAGCAAUUAUUGUCUUGCAAAAGUGGUAUCGAAAUAUUAAGAUGGAACAAUAUAUUUAUCAUUAUAUUUUAAUGUAUCGAAACUCCCAAAUGAUACAAAAAUGUUAUAAAAGAUAUUUUGAAAGAAAGUGUAAUAUUUUAUUUAUAAAAAAAGUUAUUAAUUUAAUCGAGGAAUGGUAUAAAAAACAUAUUUCUGUUAAGUUAUAUCAAAAAUAUGUUAAACAACUUGAAUUUAGGAAAGAGCAUUUUAAAAAGCAAAGAGCUAUCAAAUUAAUUUCCGAAUGGAAUUACAGAUAUUUGCAGAACAGGAAACGAGAACAAAAUAUUAAGAUCUUGUUUGAGAAAAUUUGUAAAAUUGAAACCAUUCGAAAAAUUUAUUCUUCUUUUCUAAUAGAAAAAUGGUAUUUGGAAGUGAUGCAGUACAGAAAAGUAACUUCAAAAAGCAAGUGGUCUACACAAAGAUUAGAUUAUUAUACCGAUAUAAUUGAUUGUCGAGUGAAGUAUAAAGCUAUUGCUAUCAGAAAGUGGUACAUGUUGAAUUAUGUGCAAAAUAUAUUUGCAGUUUUAAAUAUUCAACAAUGGUACAAACGACAGAUGCUAAGCUUAAAGCAAAUUUCUUUGGUACAAAUUUCAAUUAGAAGAAAAAUUUAUUAUAAAAGUCUGAAACUAGCUGUGAUCAAUAUACAUAAAUGGCAAGAAAAAGAAAUGCAACGUAUUAAAAACAAAAAUGUAAUGAAGUUUCAAAGCGAAUUGUGUCCAAGACUUGUGUAUCUUGAUUGGUUUAGGGAAACGAAAGAAUUUCCUUUUUGUAAAACUUAUUUUGAUUUGAUAAGAGAGAAUGAAUUGGUAAAUAAUGUAAUCAACUCGAAUUUUUCUGUUAAAAUGCAAAAUUAUUGUAAAUUAAGAAUUGGUAAAUAUGGUCAAAAAAGUUCAGAUCAGUUUCAAUUACCAAAUUAUGAAUUUCUUACAAUGUAUUCGUAUAACCACGGAAAACUUGACGAUAAUGGUGAAACUUCUUCAAAUAUUAUGAAAUUCAAAGAUGAAAUUCUGUGUAAAAAUACUGAAUCAAUCGGUAUUUCAUCUAAAAUUAUACAAAAAUGGUAUAAACGAGAACAGAAAAUAGAUCUUUUAUUCCAUUUCGUAGAACAAAACAAAUGGAUUUCGAAGAUUAUUAAAUGGUACAUAAAUCAAAAAUAUAUGAAGAUUAUCUGUACGUAUCUUCAAUUUAUCUCUGCAUCUUUGCAUCUUCGAAAAUGAUGGCAUUAUCAUUUGAGAAAAUAUGAUUGAAAUCUUGCAAAUGCAUUAUAAGAAAAAAGUUGCAAACAUUUUAAAAAUAAAAAUGAUAUCUUUUCGAAUCAAAACUGUUGUUGAUAUAAUGAAGAAAAAUUACCAUUCUUUAAAUUAAAAAAUUCAACUUAAUCAUUCUCACAUAAAUAUAAAAAAAUAUUUUUAUUCAUUGAUUGAUACAGACUUUAUCAAUAUAAGGUUUGUAAUUUUAUGAGUUUUUAACAAAGCAAAUUAAUAAAAAUAAAUUGACUAUUAAAAAUUAUAACGAAGUUUUAUCAA